UUUUCUCGCAAAAGCAUUCGGAAGCCCUUCUUCCGCCCAUUGCCCCUGCAAUUCUCAAUCUCCCAACCUCUACCCUUCCCUCUUUCAGCGUCUACCCAAUGGAAGUGCUCCAAUCUUUUGAAGCCGUUUCUGUUGGAUUGAGAAGUCGUGUUCGAAAUUAGGGUUUUUUGGGUUCUUUUUUCUUUUCUUGUGGGAAUCCGAUUUUUUUUUUCUACCGUGGUGAUAUAUUUGCUGGAGUUUCCGUAUUGCUCGAGCUUGUCUUUCUCUUUUUUUACUUCGGUGGUGGUAGAAAUCCAUGUGUCAGUGGGAAAAUCAUAAGGGUCUCGAGGUCAUUGUUCUUGGCGAUUCACGGAUUCGAGAAGCAAAAGACGAAGAAAAGAAGCUAAAAGACGAUUACCCAGGUUUGCUUGGAUAACAGGUAUAAAGGCAGGAUUUGCAACAAUAAAUUGAGCAAUUCGCUUGAGAGAUCGACGGGUUUUGUUGGUUGAUAUCUGUAUUGUGAAUCUGUGGUUCGUUUUUCAAUGGCUAACCACGAAUUGAUUCUCGGGCAAAAUCAUGAUUUAGCACUUGGACAAAAUCAGCAGUUGGCUCUGGGGCAUAAUCAUAACUUGGUUCUAGGACAGAACCAUAAUUUGGGUCUGGGGCAGACCCACGACCAUGACUUGGAUUUGGGGCAAACACACGACCAUGAACUUGGUUUGGGACAUGUCCAUGACCAUGAACUUGCCCUGGGGCAGUCCCAUGACCGUGAAUUGGGUCUUCGGCAGACACAUGGCCAUGAUGGAAAAGAAGAGAAUGAGUUAGCAUUGGGUCAAAAUCAUGAUUCUGAUGCAGGUCAAGACGAUGAUGACAUUGAUGACAAUGAUCAUGAAUUGGCUCUUGCUGCACAAAAUCAUGAGCUGGUUUUGGCAGAGAACCAUGAAUUGGCUGCUACAAACAACCAUGAUCUUGAUCAAAAUUUAGAGCUGGCUGUGGUCCCGAACCAAGAGAUGGGUAUAGAACCUGCCCAAGAUAUGACUCCUCAGCAAACUCAGAUAGUAGCUGCUCCUGUUCUUCAGACCCGGUCUCUUGUUUUAAGUCCAAACCACCAACUAAAUGUUGGUCAAGAGUUUCCAGAUGUCAAGAGCUGUCGCAGAGCAUUAAGGGACACUGCCAUUGCUCUUCAUUUUGAAAUACAGACGGUGAAGUCAGACAAGACACGAUUUACUGCUAAAUGUGCAAGUGAGGGAUGCCCAUGGCGCAUUCAUGCUGCAAAGCUUCCGGGUGUUCCAACGUUCACAAUCAGGACCUUAAAUGAUCAACAUACAUGUGGAGGAAUCACUCAUCUUGGCCACCAGCAAGCAUCAGUCCAAUGGGUUGCAAAUUCUGUGGAACAUCGCCUUAGGGAGAAUCCACACUACAAACCAAAGGAGAUACUGGAGGAGAUCCACAGGGUUCACGGGAUCACCUUGUCAUACAAACAAGCCUGGCGUGGAAAGGAGAGGAUCAUGGCUACUGUUCGUGGGUCAUUUGAAGAAGGAUAUCGCCUCCUUCCACAAUACUGUGCUCAAGUAAAGCGUACAAAUCCAGGGAGUAUUGCAUCAGUUUAUGGGAACCCAGCAGAUAAUUGCUUCCAACGUCUCUUUGUCUCAUUUCAAGCAUCAAUCUAUGGCUUUGUGAAUGCAUGCAGGCCACUUCUUGGACUAGAUAGGACUCUUUUAAAGAGCAAGUACCUUGGGACUUUGCUUUUUGCCACUGGUUUUGAUGGGGAUGGUAAUCUGUUUCCUUUGGCCUUUGGGGUGGUUGAUGAGGAAAAUGAUGAUAACUGGAUGUGGUUCCUAUCUGAAUUGCAUAACCUACUUGAAGUUAAUACAGAGAACAUGCCAAGGCUUACUAUCUUGUCAGAUAGACAGAAGGGUAUUGUAGAAGGAGUGGAGGCAAACUUUCCAACAGCUUUUCAUGGGUUCUGCAUGCGCCACCUAAGUGAUAGUUUUCGAAAGGAGUUCAAUAAUACUAUGCUUGUCAAUCUUCUUUGGGAAGCUUCUCAUGCUCUCACAGUUAUUGAAUUUGAAGCAAAAAUACUAGAGAUUGAAGAGAUCUCAACAGAUGCUGCUUAUUGGAUUCGACGUAUCCCACCACGUCUCUGGGCUACAGCAUAUUUUGAGGGAACACGAUUUGGGCAUUUGACCGCAAAUAUAGUUGAAUCAUUGAACUCUUGGAUUCUUGAAGCCUCUGGUCUUCCAAUAAUUCAGAUGAUGGAGUGCAUACGGCGGCAGCUAAUGACUUGGUUUAAUGAACGACGUGAAACAAGUAUGCAGUGGACAACAAUACUUGUUCCUUCUGCUGAGAGACGUGUUUCAGAGGCUCUUGAACGUGCAAGGACCUACCAAGUGCUCCGUGCGAAUGAAGCUGAGUUUGAAGUUAUUUCUCAUGAAGGAACAAAUAUUGUGGAUAUUCGCAAUCGAUGUUGUCUGUGUCGAGGCUGGCAGCUUUAUGGUUUGCCCUGUGCCCAUGCUGUUGCAGCACUUCUCUCCUGCAGACAGAAUGUUCAUCGCUUCACAGAGAGCUGUUUCACAGUUGCAACAUAUCGCAAAACAUACUCACAGACCAUUCAUCCUGUUCCAGAUAAAAGCCUCUGGAAAGAGUUAUCAGAGUCUCAGAAUGGAGAAAACAAGACUGUUGAAAUUAUCAUAAACCCACCCAAGUCACUUCGGCCACCGGGACGACCAAGAAAGAAGCGAGUUCGUGCUGAAGACCGUGGCCGUGUGAAACGAGUUGUACAUUGUAGCCGUUGCAAUCAGACAGGUCAUUUUAGGACAACAUGUGCUGCACCUAUAUAAGUAUUUUUUUGUUGACAAUCCCCUAUAUUAGCAGAUUGGGGGUACUUCCAUUCUCUUGUGCAAAUAAGCUUAGGUCUGUUUAAUAUAUCUGCAGUUUCUAAUAGUUAGUUUUAGUGAAAUUAGAGCUAGUAAGGUGGUUCAAUUUCCAGAUAAAGCUUCAUCAUAAUAAUGAAAUGAUUUUGAGGAUUUGAUUCA